CAUCGUUAAUAUGUUACAAGCCCUAUUCUGAUCAUUGCCGCCCGCAGCCUAUUGCGCGCAACACACUAUACUUGCUGAUUGACAGCAGUGUGCGCGCUUCCUUGUUUUAUCCGCAAGAACAGAGGAUCCCUAGUACUCCGUUCUCAGAACAAGCUCAAGCUGUCAUUCAUCCACGCUGCCAGGACGGGUCCAGUCAUUCACUGGUGGAAGGGCACUUGAACGGACCGUGAACCCCCAGAUGUCCUGAACACUAGCCAUUGUAAAGCAGAAAAGUCUUGCACGGAGUGACCACCAUGGCCAAAGCCUAUGAGUUCAGCUGGCAGAGACACAUCCCAGAGUUCAUGCAGGAGGGGGCUUCUUUUGACAGAUUUGAAGAGGAUCCCUUUGUCUUUGAGCCAAACUGUUUUGUGAGAGUGGACGAGUUUGGCUUCUUUCUGUCAUGGAAAAGUGAAGGAAAGGAAGGCCAAGUUUUAGAGAGCUCCCUUAUCAACUCCAUACGCAGUGCGGUCCUACCCAAGGACCCAAAGCUCCUGUCAUGCCUGGAGUCACUGGGACAAGCAGAGAGUGACCUGGAGAACAGAAUCAUCUGCAUAUGCAGCGGAACUGAUCUGGUCAACUUGAGCUUCAUGUACCUGCUGGCGGACAGCAGCCAAAAUGCCAAGCAAUGGAUCGAGGGCCUGAAGUCCUUGAUUCACAACUUCAGGGCAAACAAUGUGUGUCCAAUGACCUGCCUGAAUAAACAUUGGAUCAAGCUGUCAUUUUUGACUAAUGUGAACGGAAAGAUUCCUGUCAGAAGCAUAACCAGGACAUUUGCCUCUGGAAAAACAGAAAAGGGGAUCUUCCAGGCACUCAAGGACCUGGGCCUGCCAAGUGGAAAGAACGAUGAAAUCGAACACGCCGCCUUCACCUUUGACAAGUUUUACGCCCUCACCCAGAAGAUCUGCCCGCGGACCGACAUCGAGGAGCUGUUCAGGAAACUAAAUGGAGACAAAAGUGAUUAUUUACACAUAGACCAGUUAGUCAGCUUUCUGAACGACAACCAACGGGACCCUCGUUUGAAUGAGAUCCUGUUUCCAUUUUAUGACCCUAAACGAGCUAUGCGGAUCGUAGAGACGUACGAGCUGGACCCAGAACUCAGGAGCAAAGGUGUGAUGUCUUGUGACGGGUUCUGCCGGUACCUUAUGUCGGACGAGAACGCUCCAGUGUUCCUGGACCGUCUGGAGCUGUACCAGGAUAUGGACCAGCCAUUGGCUCACUACUUCAUCAGCUCCUCCCACAAUACGUAUCUAAACGGCCGGCAGUUUGGGGGAAAGUCCUCUGUGGAGAUGUACCGGCAAGUGCUCCUGGCAGGUUGCAGGUGUGUGGAGCUGGACUGCUGGGAUGGAAAAGGAGAGGACCAGGAGCCCAUUAUUACCCACGGGAAAGCCAUGUGCACUGACAUCCUCUUCAAGGAAGUAAUUCAAGCCAUUAAAGAAACGGCUUUUGUGUCAUCUGAGUACCCUGUGAUUCUGUCAUUCGAAAACCACUGCACGAAGCCACAGCAGUAUAAGAUGGGGCGUUACUGUGAGGAGAUCUUUGGUGAUCUGCUUCUCAAACAGGCUCUGGAGGCAUACCCGCUAGAAGCGGGCCAGCCUUUGCCCUCCCCAGCAGACCUCAAAAGGAAAAUCCUCAUCAAGAACAAACGAUUAAAACCUGAAGUUGAACAGAGACAGCUGGAGCACUUUAAAAAGCACAUGGAGGGAGGAGGGACAAACUCACCCUCAAACAUCCUGGAAGAUGACAAUGACGAGGAGAGUGAAAAUGCUGCCAUUUCUUCAGUCGAGGUUCAAGAAGAGGCCCACCCGGAGUUGAAGUUCAGUGGCGAUGUGAGCCUGAAACACUCGCAAAGCACAGGGAAAAAGGAUUCUGAAGAUGAAGUAUCAGAUGCAGCAGACAUGACAGAUGUAUCUGAGGCCUCUGACUUUGACAACAGCAAGAAGGAUGAUGGCGCUGAAGACGAAGAGCAGGCUUUGAUCGCUUCCUACAAGUAUGUUGGGGCCACUACCAGUAUCCACCCUUACCUGUCGGCCAUGGUUAACUACGCCCAGCCUAUCAAGUUCCAGGGCUUCAGCGUAGCUGAAGAAAGGAAUAUCUACCAUAACAUGUCCUCCUUCAAUGAAUCGGUUGGCCUGGGGUACUUGAAGACAAAUGCCAUUGAAUUUGUAAACUACAACAAAAGGCAGAUGAGCCGUAUCUAUCCUAAAGGGGGCAGAGUGGACUCCAGUAAUUACAUGCCUCAGAUCUUCUGGAAUGCCGGGUGCCAGAUGGUCUCCCUCAACUUCCAGACCCCAGAUUUAGCCUUGCAGCUGAACCAGGGAAAGUUUGAAUAUAAUGGCUCUUGUGGGUACCUGCUGAAGCCUGACUUCAUGCGUCGCCCAGACAGAAUGUUUGACCCUUUCUCUGAAACUCCUGUAGAUGGCGUCAUCGCUGCUACAUGCAGCGUUCAAGUGUUCUCAGGACAGUUCCUGUCAGAUAAGAAGAUCGGCACAUACGUGGAGGUGGACAUGUACGGGUUGCCCACGGACACCAUCCGCAAGGAGUUCCGCACCAGGAUGGUGAUGAACAAUGGGCUGAACCCUGUUUACAACGAGGAGCCCUUUGUCUUCAGAAAGGUGAUCCUUCCGGACCUGGCCGUGCUGAGGAUCGCCGUGUUCGACGACAGCAACAAGCUGAUUGGCCAACGGAUCCUGCCCCUGGACGGCUUGCAGACGGGGUACAGGCACAUCUCCCUGAGGAACGAGGGGAACAAGCCGCUGUCCCUGCCCACCAUCUUCUGCAACAUCGUCCUCAAAACAUACGUGCCCGAUGGCUUCGGGGCCAUUGUCGAUGCGCUCUCCGACCCCAAGAAAUUCCUCUCUAUCACGGAGAAGAGAGCUGACCAGAUGAGGGCCAUGGGUAUCGAGACUAGCGACAUCGCGGACGUGCCCAGUGACAGCUCGCAGGGCGGCCGGGGAAACACGAAAAAGGCCAGGAUCACACCGCAGUCCAGCUUGGACCUGCAGCCGAGCGCCGCGUCGGGGCUGGGCGCCAGCAACGAGGCCAGGGCGGGUCCGGCUGCACCCCCGGGCAGCGUCAAUGUGGAUGACCUGAAACAGAUGAAGACUUAUCUUAAACUCCUAAAGAAACAACAGAAAGAACUGCAUGCCUUAAAGAGAAAUCAUGCAAAGGAGCAGAGCAUCCUUCAGAAAUCUCAGUGCACUCAGGUAGACAAGAUAAUGGCCCAACACGACAAAGAAAAACUGUCCCUGGAAAAGCUGCUGGACAAAUCUAUUAAGAAAAAGGGAGAAAACAACUGCCUUGACCUGAAAAAGGAAACUGAAGUUAAAAGCAAGGCGGAUCACAUGAUGACACAAAACGGGGGUAGUAGUGUGAAGCAGUUGGUGGGGAUCCACACUCAGGAAUGGUCUGAGAUGUUGAGAUGUCAGAGUGCUGAGGAACAGGAGUUGAGGGAGCAGCAUGUCCUGCAGCAGUGUAACGUCCUCAAGGCCCUUCUGACCAGCCUUCAGGAGCAGCAGUCGCAGCAGCUCAAACUCACCCAUGACCGGCAGAACAAGGAGAUGCGAGCCAACCAGGCUAAGACAUCCAUGGAGAACAGCAAAGCCAUCAGCCAGGACAAGACCAUCAGAAACAAGGCGGAGAGAGAGAGGAGAGUCCGGGAAUUAAAUAGCAGUAACACUAAAAAGUUCAUCGAAGAGAGAAAAAGGCUGGCCAUGAAGCAGUCAAAGGAGAAGGAGCAGCUUAUGAAAGCUCAGCAGGAGCAGCUGGAGAAGCUCGAGAAGGCCAAUGAGCAGCUUUUGAAAUCGCAACGUUCAAACUCUCCGUGUCGAGGCCAAGGAGAUGCAACGAAUGGUGAAACUGGAAGCAGAGAUGGACCUCAGACCAGCCACGGUGGUGUGAAGGGUUUCUGCAUCUCGUGAAACUGGACUUAUCUACAUGCAUACGCACACACACACGCGCACACACACACACACGCGGGCGCGCGCACAUAAACAAAUGCACAAGCCACAGUCCCUCUUAGCCACACAUACAGUAAUGAUAUUGGAUAAUCAUAUCUACAGUAUGGGAAUAGGAAGUAUAGGAAUCAGUUCCACUGCAAAGAGAUUGAAGUUACUUUUCUUAGCAGAGUAUCUGGUUACUUCAUCCGAAUAGCUUGGUUCUAUGUUAUACAGUACUUUGCACUUUAAACACAGUGGACUGUGCAGACAGGAGAAGAGCAUAGCCAGCAUGUAUGGUUUUUAUUAUUGGUUUUAAUCAUAAUUACUUUUAUAUUUGCUAUUGUGCCAUUGAUGCCUUUUCAUCAGCUCACAACAGGUAUAAAUGUGAGAAGCCUGUAUGAUGUAAAAGUAUCAUUGCAGUCAAACACAAUGGUGAAUUUAUUUUUUGAAAGGUUUGAAAGUUCAGUUUGCUUGAUAAUUGGAAUAUUAGUUGAAUAACGGUGCUUAUUUUGUUUACUUGUUUUGCCCUUUAGUCAUGGCAUAUCUUUGUAUUUGUCUGGUGAUGAUCAGAAAUACACAGUGGCAAGACUUCUAGGCACCCUUGAGUUACCACUCGUUAUCAAUGUUUACUUCUCCUCUCACUGGGAACUCUCUCCUAUAGUACUGUAUGGACUGUAAAUUGUAAAAUAUCAUAAAAUGCGCUGUAAAAGAAUUUAUAUCAGUUUUUAAAUUAAUGAAGGGGAGUGCAUCCUAUAAACCAGUGGAACUAGCAGCAACAUGAGUCAAGACCUAUUCUUAAGAAUAUCUAUGAAGAAGUUAAAGGAAAAAAUGCACAUUACAAAAAUAUUUUUAAAGUAUGAAAUAUUUAUUUUUAUUCAUUCUCAGUUGCUAAUUGUAAUUGCAUUGUAACACCAUAUUUCUCAUAUCUGGAAAUACAUAGUCGAAUGGACUUGUAUUCCUGUAUUCCAGUCCUUUAUAGGAGAUAGACUUACUCUUUAGCAUUAGCAAAGAACGUUCAUUCCCUCUCAGUCAGAAUUAUUGAGGAGGACUGACCUUUAACUUAGAUUGAAAACAAAACAAUCACAAGCAGGAAGUUGUAAUUAGCUUGCAGGCUAGAUGUGUUAUAGCCUAGUCAUCUUGAAAUAUUCAUGAAAGUUCUCGAAUUUUUUUUUUUUGAGUUCUGUUUCUGUUUAGUUGCAUUAUCUUUAGAAACAUUUCUCUUUUAAUAAGUUUUGGGUUUUGCACACUUCAUAGAUUGUUAGCUAAUUUGUUAGCUAACAGGCAAGCUAACACUACCCAUUUUUAAGUUCAGCAGCCAUCUAAUGAAAUCCUGUCUGUUUUAUGCUGUGUAAUCAGAGACUGAAAAUCUCUGGGUGCAAAUGGCCUAGCCAGCUAACUAGUAAAGGUAAAGUAACCGAUUGGAAACUGCAGUUACACAAUAUAAUUUGAUAUCCAUUUUUCAAACCAUAUACUGUUAAAUAUUUUCCCACAAUUAUUUAUUGCCAAAUUGACUCGCUGUGCUGAGCAUUUAGCUUGGAAGUUAGCUGUUAGCUAUAUGUGUUCUUGAUAUUUAAUCACUUGCUAGAUAGCCUACAGAUGAACUGCUAGGGGGUCUGUUGAGGGUCUGGAACAAUGCUUGCUACCUGUGUAAAAAAAAUUGCAUCUUCGGUUCAUAACAUGUAACAAUGUAUUCAUUAUAAACUACACACUUUCAAAAUCAUUCUUCUGGAGGCUUUCUGAUUUUGCAUUUUUUGACCAAAGGAAAUGGGUGCGUUUUUCAUGCCUGUGCAUUUUAUCUAUGGUAGUUACCAGCUCACAGAAGUGAAUAAGUCGGGUGUAUGCUUCAGCAGCAGUGAGGUGCGGUUAAAAAGGAGGGGAAAGUAGUAGCUCAUUCAGUAGCAUAUUUUUUUUUUAUUGUUGGGAAAAUAGCAUAUCUGGAUCUUUUUUAAAAUUUUGAAAAUGCAUGAAUGCUGCACCCACCAUGUUUGCUCAUGGAAAUUUUUUUACACAGUUUAUAUAAGGGUACAGCACCUCAUCUAUGGUAUGCAAAUUUAUGUCCAUGUUUUAAUGUGAAUUCUGCGACUCUUAAUAGCCCCAGUUUUGUCUGCAUGGCAAUAUGUAUAUGAAUGAUGUUCAUAUAUUGUAUAGCAUUUGACAUAUAUUUGUAAAUAUAUGUGUGAGGUAAAUAAAUCACAGCCAUGCAUUUCUUAGCAAAUACAACUCUUCCAUCCGUAAUGUUUAUGUAUGUAUAAAAUGUGGGUCUUUACAUGCCAUUUGUAUUGAUUCUUCUGCGUGAUUUCAUAUAAACAUUUAUGUUCUGUGUUUUCAUUUGUAUGACAUUUUGAUGCUUUUCAACACUUCUGAUUCUCAAAAAAAAAGCACCAUUGUGAUGGUCUUUAUUUACUGUAUGUUAGCCUAUUUGCUUAAUUUGUUGUAAUUGUUAUGCUGUUACCUAAGUACUUUAAUACAGUUUUAUACAUAGACAAUUUAUGUACAUAGACAAUAAAAUAUUAAAGGUAACUAGUAUUUCAUGGA